AAAGACAAAAGAACGUUGGUUACAAUUGGCGAUGGAGGAAUAUAUUUUACGUUUGAGACCUUUUAUAACAGUAGAUCUGUUGUCGACUCGUGAUAAUCAGCAUCUUUCACAGUUAGUCUCUAGGCAAAAGGGUUGUUUAUAUUGUCUUGAUUCCAGUGGAUCAGUUAUCAACUCUAUAGAGUUUAAAAAACUGCUCUAUGAUUCUUUUGAGAAAGGAAAAGUAAACUUUGUUAUUGGAGGUUCUUUAGGUCUACCAGAAACACUGAAACGUAGAGGGAAACUCAUAAGUUUAUCAUCCUUGACAUUUACACAUCAGUUAAUACUUGUAGAACAAAUAUAUCGUGCCACUCAGAUACACAAGGGAACUGCAUAUCAUAAUCAACGAUAUCAAAACGUAUUGGAUCAAUAGGCUUCAUGUUCUGUUUUAAUGACAUUAUGAUGAGCAAGUGUCGUUAUUGUUUGUGUAAUACAAAAAAUAAAUGAAAAUGGGUUGAG